GGUUCCAACAUAUCUGUUUAACGCUUUUCAGUAGAAACACAGAGAAAAUGGCGGUGCAGAGUUGCGGUGAUAUACACGCGUUGCCGGAGGAUUGUAUAGCCAACGCGCUGUCGUUGACCAGCCCUAAGGACGCUUGCCGGAUGUCGGUGGUCGCCUCCAUGUUCCGUGCCGCCUCCCAGUCCGACGCCGUUUGGAGUCGCUUCUUGCCCUCUGACUAUAGGGAGAUCAUUUCCCGCGCAGUCGACGGCUCCGACUCGUUGCUUGGUGGAUCUCGUUCUAAGAAGGACAUCUACCUCCAUCUAUGUGAUCAUCCGAUUCUCAUCGAUGGUGGCAGGAAGAGCUUUUCAUUGGAGAAAUGGAGUGGAAAGAAAUGCUUUAUGCUAGCUGCAAGAGAGCUUUCUAUUGUGUGGGCUGAUACUCCUCAAUAUUGGCAGUGGAUCUCUUUUCCUCAAUCCAGGUUCCCCGAAGUAGCAGAGCUUCUUGAUGUUUGCUGGUUUGAUAUACGGGCCAAGAUUGAUAUCAACUUGCUAUCCCCUGGAACCAAUUAUGCAGCAUACCUCGUGUUCACUUGCACAUCACGAUUCUAUGGAUUUGACUUAGAACCUGCCAAGUCUCAAGUGUCGAUCCAUGGGCAUGAAGCCCAAAAACGUACGGUUUGUUUAGAUCCAGAAAGAGAGCAGACGGGAAGGCCCUUCUACCAUCAUACACCCUAUACCGAUGACGACGAAGACGAAGAAAUCCAGAUGUUCGACGAAGACGGUGUGGGGCCCUAUACUGGGUUACCCGGGGACACGGAGCACCCUAAGCAGAGGGAUGACGGAUGGAUGGAAGUUGAGUUGGGAGAGUACUUUGUGAAGAGCGGAUAUGAUGGUGAAUUGGAGAUCAGUUUGAAGGAGGUGAAAGGUGGCAACUGGAAGAGUGGUCUAAUUAUCCAAGGGGUUGAGAUUAGACCCAAGAAUUGUAAAUAGUUUAAGUUCAUUUCCGAGUUCCUAAUUGUUUAGGGCCUCUUGGGCGUAUAAUUUUGAUGGCAUUGACUUGUAUAAGUAUUGUUAUUGUUGUCAUCAGUGGGUAUUCUAUUAUUGGUAUUUGUGGUGGUAUGCUACUAUUGAAUUUGUUAGAGAUCGAAUCGAAUCGUAGAGUUUAAUGCAAAGUCAAAUUGGUGAGAAAUUUAAGCAAAGUUACGUGUAUCUUUGCAAUGGGUCUUACGUUGCUAUAUGAACAAUCGUCUGUAAACAACAAAUUAUCUUAUUGGAUGUACGAUUUAGCUUUUGAUUUUU